AUGGCGCUGAGGCUAGUGCCGCACCAAGAUCAGCACAGCCAACAAGUUCGCGAUUUUUUCCACGGACAUCUGUGCUUUUGCUGUUCAGCCAGCGAAACGCCGUCCCAUCUGCCGGCGCGUCUGCGCGAUCUUGAAACAAGCCAGGCUGUGGACGGCGACGCCACGCACAAUUCGCUGCCGUUCCCUUUUGUUCCCGUUUACUUCCUCGAAAUCAAGUCGCAAUACAGGAAAAUUCAAGGCUUCGAGCAGACGCACGCAUGGUGCAAUACAAAAAGAACGCCGCCCGUCCCAAUGGCCAUGGACCUGACGUGUCUCGAGAAAGAAGGCAGCCCUGUAGUGCCGCUAGCCCCGACAGAGCUGCCGUCUUUCUUUUCCAAGAAGCUGGUGCAGGCUUUUUCAAACUACGCACCAUCUCCCACCGCUUAUUUAGUAAAAGCCAAUCCUCAGUCAGGCAUGCACUUUCCGACGGAAUGUGGCUGCGCUUGCUCGGCCCUGCCUUGCAUCAUAACGUCGGCUUCACGAGAUGCCGAACGUCAGAACUGUGUCCAACUGUACACGGAUGGUACAUCCGGACCGUCGCAUGACCUCCGCCAGAGCAAACAAAGAAGCUACCCCUACAGAUACUCUACACAACACGGCGAGACAAAUUCCUCACAAUUGCGCCUCAGUUUUAUUUUGUCGCGCGCGGUGGCCGAAGGGCCUGCGACCGCCUUCACCGAGCCGCCUCAUGUCGGUAGACGGUAA